AUGAGUCGACUAGAGAAGGAGGAUUCGAUAUAUGAACAACGGGCACUUCCUAGUGAAGAAAUGGAGAAAGAUGAUGAUAGUAUUUUCUUUAUAUCUACGCAAAUGCAAUCAAUCCAUGAAGAUGUAGUUGAAAAUGAAAAGAAUGAAGUUAAGAUCGCUAGUCAAAUUUCGAGAUUGAAACUGUUUAGUCAUGACAAUAGUAGUAGUAGGGGUAACAGUCAAGUCACUGUUAAUAAAGUCAAAGUACAACCAAAGUUAAAGGCUAAGAAAUCUGGUAGUUCAAAAAAGAAUCAAUCUAUGAGUUCAAUGGUUAGAGAUAAGUUUAGUACUGAUAAAUUAUCAUAUUUCACAGGAGAUCAGAGUAAAAUCGAUAAAUUUUUAAAACGAAUAAGGCGAGAGGAAGAAUUGGAUGAACUUUUGCCAUUAGCUCCAAAAGCUGGAAGUAAUGGUGGCGGUGUCAAACUUUCAACUUCACAAUUAAUAUGUCAGCGUGAUUGGAGUUAUUUCCUAAAGUCUAUAAAGAUGAAGUUUCCAAAUUUGAGAUCGUCUCGGAAAAGGAAUUUAAAAAUCAUCACUAGAAAGAUAGCUAUUGCUACUCAAGAUAACGUUGAUGCUGAGAAUAGUUUAUGGUCACAAGCAGCUUCAAUGCCUGAUACCGAACUUAGCAAAGAUGACUUGAAAUGGCUUUAUGAUUUAGAUGAUGAAGAGUUAAUGAAUGCAAGUAGUUUUGUCGAGGAUGAUAUUAUUGAUAACAGAGAGUUUGUCUUAACUUUAUCCCAGAAUAUGAAUGAAGAUGAAGAAGUAGAGUUCUCAACCACAGGUUCACCAUCUCAAGGUAUAAUCGAUAUCUUUAGCAGCAGCGCUGAGAAUGAAAAUGGUGAUGAAAUCAUUGUCAUUCUGGAUUCAGAAUCAGAAGUGGAGGAAUUAACUGUUUCGAUGGAGAAAUCCCAAUCGUAUUCUCAAUCUCAAGUUCAACCUGGUCAAAGCUAUCUUCAAGUGAUGGAAAGUAUAUAUAAACCAGAAGAAACACUACCAUCACAUCAAGAUGAAGUAGUAGAUCCAUUAAUAUCAUUCCAGAGUUUCCCAUUUGCUGAUCCAAAAAGAAAAAUCAUCCGAACACAAGAAGACUUAUCUCAAGUUAAUGAAGCUGAGCCUAUUGAAAUCACAUCUCUGACUUCACUAAGUAAAACACCAUCUUUUCAACAAACUCCAAAUAAAUUGAAACGUACCAUUUCAGAUAUAUCUCCUUUCAAAACACCCACUAAAAGAUCUAAGCAACUUUUAGAUACAACUAAUACUCCUACCAAUUCUUCACCGGUGAAGUUAAUUGCGGCAUCAUCAACAGAAUCGACUCCAGAUGGUGGACAAUAUGGAAAUAUAGAAGAUGAUGAAGAAAUAAUGUCUUCUGAUGGUGAUACAGUAUAUUCAACUGCCAGAACCUACAUCUAUUCAAAUCAAUUACAAAAGGAUAGAACACCGGUAAAGAAAAAUGGUCUUAAGGUGGUACCAAUAAGGAAAACUAUACAGACUACACGUCAUGAAGUAUCUAAUGCCAUUCCAGUGCAAGAUUAUACUGAUCCUAUUAAUCAUAUACAACUUAAACGAGUUGGAUUCAAAGAGAAAGAAGUGAUUGAUAUUGAUGAAAUUAUCCCUGAUUCUGAAGAUGAUGAAGAUGAUAAAGAGAUUAGUAUUGUUGAGAUAACUAGAGUAGUUGAAGAUCUACUGGAUAAGACUAAUACAUCGAUAUUACAAGUUCCAUCAAGUCCAUCUAAGGAGAUGUUCUCAUCUCAGGAAAUAAGGAAUUUUUUAGCUGAAGAGGAAGACGAAUCAGGUGGGUCUAUUGAUUUUUCAAAGUUCACUACUACCCAAUUAAAGGAACAAUUCAAAGAAUGGGGAUUAAAACCCGUUAGAGGACGUGAUAAAAUGAUCAGUAUUCUUACAGAAGCUAGUAAACUAACUAUUAAUUCUCAAACAACAGAUUCAACCUGUGCCACAAGAACAACGUCUAUUAAAAAUGCCACUACUACCACCACUAUUAGUGCUACUCAACAAACUAUGUAUGAGAAACUAAAUGAAAUAAUUAAACUGAAUGAUUAUUGGUAUGAAAAGAUAAUAAGCUAUGAACCUUUAAUCUUGGAAGAUAUGCAAAAAUGGUUAGAAUCGAUUGGAUAUAAAUUGGAAUAUGAUUUUUUGCAGAAGUAUUGUGAUGAAGGAGGUAUUUGCUGUACAAACCAGCGUUGA